AUAUUUGAAAUGAUCGCUUGCAAUCGCUACAAACUCGUCGGUGCUAUUUAUCACGAGCUCUACUUAUAUACUAUUAUAUACAAAUUAUAAAUUUCCAUAUGAACUAAAUUGAUUUGCAUAUUUUCAAAUUAUAAAGAUAAUAAAAUUAGUUAAUAAGUCCACAAUGUUAUUCUAAUUAUAUGAACCAAAAAUAUUGAAUCAUUUCUUCAUUUCAAAAUGAAGAUGCAACAAACAGUUUAGUUACAUCUUUCAACAUUUAAUGAAAUUAUUAAAAUACAAAAAAUGCCAAAUUGCCAAACAUGGUCGUUAAAAAAACAUUCAACAAAAAAUUUUGUUUUUCGAUCAGGAAGCGGAAGUUGAUGCGAAGUAACUCUUCCCCGGAAAAAUCAUAUUUCAACAAAAUGGAAUGUUUCAAAGCUCACGAAGGCAACAAAACUGUUGUGCUAAAUAGUAGCGGCAACCACAGUGAUAACACAGAUUUCGAAUUGUACAGCAAAACAUCAUCAGCAUGCAAACGCCACCAAAACAUGAACAUCAAGUUACAUCCGCAGAACAAACGCUCUCAACCUCAACAACAGCAACAACCACAACAACAUCGACAACAGCAACAAAUGAUCAGAUCGCGUUCUCCAAAUUACCCAGUAAAUUCAUCAGCUGUACUUAUUCAUGGCUACCACGUCGGUUCUGUGGACCUCAUCAAUUCAGCCAUCACCUCAACCUGUGCGGUUCACCACCAGCCGACGUGUAGCACCACAACUGCAGACAUAACAAGCCACAACACUUUUCAGGAAAGUUCCAAUUCUGGGCCUCUCGCUGUUUUUUAUUCACCUUAUUGUCCUCGUCACUAUUUUACGACAGCAGGCGGUGCUGAAAAUGAAAUUGAGGAAAAUGUUAACAAUUGUGUCAAUCAACAAUCAUCCAUUGACCAACAAAUUCUCCAACACAAAGAUUCUUCGUUAUAUGCGUGUAUAAAAGAUGGGGCCAUAUCAACUUUCCAAACCGUUCUACCGGAAAAUGGUAAUGUUGAGGCAAGUAACCAAUUAGCGCCCGGGGGAACAAAAAUUAAAUUUGUUUCCACCAAUCCACCAAAUGGAAAUCAAAUGGAAUUAUGGAAUAAGACAAACUUUUUUGAAAAAAUAGACGACAAAAAUUCUAACAGAGCUUUUACAUCCAUUAAAUGCGAUAGUCCAAUUUUCAAACCACGUCAAAGCGGAAAUGAGUCGGAUAAUGGAAAACGUCGAUUUAGUGUAAGCUGUUAUCAAGAAGAACAAAACUUCUCAGAUUGCUGAUUAAAUCCGAUAUUUGAAAUGUUUUUCAGCUUAUCAAAUUAAGGUUGUGAAUUAAUGGCGUUUUUAAUCGUGUUUUUGGUGAUAACUUUGUUGAAGACUGCAUUUGUUUCCUUGGUCACUGAUAUUUUCUUCUCAUUCUCACCAUACGUGAAGUUCAAGUUUUGUGCUGUUUAACAUUAUAAAACGUUCAACGUUAUUUAUUUUUAGCAUGUUUUUUCCGAAAAUAAUAUUUUAGUGUCAUAUUUUUGAAAUCAUCUAAUCAAAUAAAUAUUAAAACCAAAA